UCACACAUAUCAUAGGCACAUACUCAUCCGACGACUAACUAAAAGUCUAUACAGAAACAACAAAACUCUGCCCGACGACUAAUCAAUCUCUCUCUAUAGCAUUCGCUAGCUUCCAGUAAUUCCUAGGGUUUGUUGACUGUGUUUAAUCAAUGGAGGUCGAAACUCCAACUCUUUCGAGACCAUCAUUUUCAUACUCAGUGAACGUCGGUACGGACUCCUCGGAGUUCCAGGGCUCCGAAAUGCUGGAACCGAUGGAGAAUCGCGCUGUGAAAAGUAACGGCUUCGCAUCACCGGCGAAUUUGGACUCCGAUGUUGAUUCUUCGUCGAACUUUGGUCGGAAAUGUCACUGCUCCGAAGCGGUUCCGGUUCCGGUUCCGGUUCCGGUUCCAGCUCCCGAAGCCGAAUCGCCGGCGGCUGAUCGCCGGGAAUGCAAGAGCUCCGAGCCGGCUGGGGCUCUGAGUCCCGCCGGUAAACCGGCCAGUUCUCAAUCGAAUGCCGCGAUGAAAGUGCAGAAGGUUUAUCGCAGUUUCCGCACCCGGCGCAUGUUAGCAGAUUCCGCUGUGGUAGCAGAAGAGUUCUGGUGGCAAGCUAUAGACUAUGUUCGAUUGAAUCAUAGUACAAUUUCCUUCUUCAAUUUCCGAGAAACGACCUCAUCGCGUUGGAAUCGGAUCCGCUUGAAUGCUUCUAAGGUGGGUAAGGGUUUAUCCCAAGAUGCCAAGGCACAGAAAUUGGCUUUCGAACACUGGAUUGAAGCUAUUGAUGCAAGACAUCGCUAUGGGCAUAACUUGAAAAUGUAUUAUGAUGAGUGGUGUAAAGCUGAUGCUGGUCAGCCAUUCUUCUACUGGUUGGAUAUUGGAUACGGCAAAGAGGUUGACCUUAAACAAUGCCCAAGGUCAAAGCUUCAGCAACAAUGCAUCAGAUACCUCGGACCUCAAGAGAGAGAGCAUUAUGAAUAUAUUAUUGUUGAAGGGAAAAUAGUGCACAAACAAACUCUAUUAUUGAAGGGAAGUGGAAGCUUUCUAGAUACAAAGAAAGCAUCACCAGGGUCGAAAUGGAUAUUUGUGAUGAGCACCUCUAAGAAACUAUAUGCUGGUGAGAAAAAGAAAGGAAAUUUUCAUCAUUCCAGCUUCCUAGCUGGAGGGGCUACUUUAGCUGCUGGAAGGCUAGUGGUAGAGGGUGGAGCACUUAAGUCCAUCUCGGCAUACAGUGGACAUUACUGCCCACCUGAUGAAAGCCUUGGCGAAAUUUUAUCAUUUCUCAAGGAAAAUGGAGCCAACAUCGACGAAGUUGAAAUACGCAAGAAAAAUGAGGAUUAUGAGUACAAUGAAGAAAGCCAAUUGAACAAGAUUACAUCUGAACUUUCAACAACUUCAGAAUCUUCCCAACCUGAUACUUGUAAGGAAGAGGAAACAGAACCAUCCUCAGACCCAACUGAAGUUCCCCAAACUGAAGCCAAAAACAGUUACAGGAGGACCAUAUCCGGAGGUCUUCAAAGCCCAAGAACCGAUGUGCCCAAGACAUCAAUACUGAAAAGAAUCAACUCCAAGAAGGUGGCAAAGUCAUACGAGUUAGGGCGUCAGGUCUCGCUAAAAUGGUCAACUGGGGCUGGCCCAAGAAUUGGUUGCAUUGCCGACUACCCCAUAGAACUGAGGGUUCAAGCACUGGAAUUUGUUAACCUCUCUCCAGGAGCUCCACCCACACCAUCAUCCUACAGGCGGAUGGCUGGUCUUGCUUCUCCUUCGGCUCAUCCUCCUUCUCCUUCGCCUUCGCCUUCGCCUGCUGCCGGGGUUUAGAUCUGUAAUCACUGUCUUCAAAUUCCCAUGCUUCCUUCUUAGAUGCUUUUAAUACUGUAAAUACCCUAUCCAUUCUGCAUGUUACUUAGCCUUCUUAAACUAUAAAAGCCUCAUCUUAGUUUGUUUGUGGUUUCUUCACAUGAUUCCAUGUCAUCUGCUGUUGGUUCCACUGGAUAUUAUGUGACAGACAAACACGUACUCUAAUUCUACAAUUAAGGUGACCAAGAAAUUCUUUAUAUUUCUAUA